CCCGGACCGCUCGGAGGGGAGAAGGCAGGGGGCGGAGGAGAGCGCGCGGCUGCCGGCGCCGCGCUGGGGGCUCCGGGGGCCGGAGGGGCUGCCGCCUGGUCCGGCAGAAGCAGCCCGCGGCCGUCUGGCUCCGGUGGCCUCACCAGGAAGCGUCAGAGUCUCGGCGCUGGGGAAGCUCCGAGCGCCGCCGCCGCUGCCGCCGCCUGCCGCCGGCUCUCGGUCCCCCAGCCCCGUGCGCUGCUCCCGCCCGGCGCCCCCCUCCCCCGCGGACGCUCCGGCCCGGGCGCCCGCCCCGGCGAUGGCUGGCCGCUGAGCAGCAGCUCCGGACGGCCACCCCAGCGCGCUCGGCAUGGCUGCGAGAGAGGAGCUGUACAGCAAAGUCACCCCGCGGAGGAGCCGCCAGCAGCGCCCGGGCACCAUCAAGCAUGGGUCGGCGCUGGACGUGCUCCUCUCCAUGGGGUUCCCCAGAGCCCGCGCACAAAAAGCCUUGGCAUCCACGGGAGGAAGAAGUGUUCAGGCAGCAUGUGACUGGUUGGUUAUUCUCCCAUGUCGGUGACCCCUUCCUGGAUGACCCUCUGCCUCGGGAGUACGUCCUCUACCUCCGACCCACCGGCCCCUUAGCACAGAAGCUCUCCGACUUCUGGCAACAGUCAAAGCAGAUCUGCGGGAAGAACAAGGCGCACAAUAUCUUCCCCCACAUUACCCUCUGCCAGUUCUUUAUGUGUGAGGACAGCAAGGUGGACGCGCUGGGGGAAGCCCUGCAGACCACCGUCAGUCGCUGGAAGUGCAAGUUCUCCGCUCCGCUGCCCCUGGAGCUCUAUACCUCCUCCAACUUCAUCGGCCUCUUCGUGAAGGAAGACAGCGCAGAGGUCCUCAAGAAGUUUGCUGCGGACUUUGCUGCAGAGGCUGCAUCCAAAACCGAAGUACAUGUGGAGCCUCAUAAGAAGCAGCUGCAUGUGACCCUGGCUUACCACUUCCAAGCCAGCCACUUACCCACCCUAGAGAAGCUGGCCCAGAAUAUCGAUGUCAAACUUGGCUGCGACUGGGUGGCUACCAUAUUCUCUCGAGAUAUCCGAUUCGCUAACCAUGAGACGUUACAGGUGAUCUACCCCUACACCCCACAGAAUGACGACGAGCUGGAGCUGGUGCCUGGGGACUUCAUCUUCAUGUCUCCAAUGGAGCAGACCAGCGCCAGCGAGGGCUGGAUCUACGGCACGUCCUUGACCACCGGUUGUUCGGGGCUCCUGCCUGAGAACUAUAUCACCAAGGCUGACGAAUGCAGCACCUGGAUAUUUCAUGGUUCUUACUCGAUCUUAAAUACAGCAGCUUCCAGCGCGCUCUCAUUCGGUGAUGGCGUGAUGGAGAGGCGGCAGUAUGAGGACCAGGGUCUGGGGGAGACGACACCCCUGACUAUCAUAUGCCAGCCCACGCAGCCUCUGAGGGUCAACAACCAGCUCGGUCCUCAAAAGAGAUGCCUUUUUGUGUGUCGGCACGGAGAGAGGAUGGAUGUUGUGUUUGGCAAGUACUGGCUCUCCCAGUGCUUCGAUGCCAAAGGCCGCUACAUACGCACCAACCUGAACAUGCCUCACAGCUUACCUCAGCGGAGUGGUAGUUUCCGGGAUUAUGAGAAAGACGCUCCGAUCACCGUGUUUGGAUGUAUGCAAGCAAGACUAGUGGGUGAAGCCUUAUUAGAGAGCAACACCAUUAUUGAUCAUGUCUACUGCUCCCCAUCCCUGCGCUGUGUUCAGACUGCCUACAACAUCUUGAAAGGUUUACAACAAGAAAAUCACUUGAAGAUCCGUGUGGAGCCUGGCUUAUUUGAGUGGACAAAAUGGGUUGCUGGAAACACACUACCUGCGUGGAUACCCCCAUCGGAGUUAGCGGCAGCCAGCCUGAGUGUGGAUACAACCUACAGACCUCACAUUCCAGUCAGCAAAUUAGUGGUUUCGGAAUCCUAUGACACCUAUAUUAGUAGAAGCUUCCAAGUAACAAAAGAAAUAAUAAGUGAAUGUAAAAGUAAAGGAAAUAACAUUCUGAUUGUGGCCCACGCAUCCUCCCUUGAGGCAUGCACCUGCCAGCUUCAGGGGCUGUCACCUCAGAACUCCAAGGACUUCGUCCAAAUGGUCCGGAAGAUCCCAUACUUGGGGUUUUGUUCCUGUGAAGAAUUAGGAGAAACUGGAAUUUGGCAGUUGACAGACCCACCUAUCCUUCCUCUUACCCAUGGACCAACAGGGGGCUUCAACUGGAGAGAGACCCUGCUACAAGAAUAAGCCACAUCAGUGAAUGAGAAAAGGCCUUAGACUUUGGGAGACGUACCUUGUGUUUUUAGUAACAGUGGAAAAUAUGUACCACAUUCUAAGUGGACAGCUCAGAAUCAUUAGGCAUAUUUCUUUCUUGCUUCUUACAUGAGACUGUGUGAAUGAGAAAAAGACUUGAUUCAGGGAUACAAUUCAUUCUCCCUGGAUAUGCCCAGCUAGCAAGAUUCUCAAGAAUUGUCUUCCUAAAUCAAGGCACCUACCCAGGCAGAGGAUGUGUUCUCCCUUCUGUCCGUGCGUAGCUACGGAGCCCGAGUCCUCACGGACAGGGCUGCCCGCCCACUCUGAGCAAGGACGCAGAGUUAAGACGGAUGUCCUGAAUCCAGCUGGAGGGACACCGAGCUGCCGUUUUGACGGUGGGAUUUCCUUUCGCGCUAUAGGUUCCAGUCAGGCAAAGCCAAGCUGAGGAAUUCCUUUAAAUUUAGUAGAAAACAUGCCUCCGCAGAGAGUUGUUCUUACGUUACGUGUCAAAGUCUGCUCUCAGUGUGACCCACACCCCAGCGCUGACUCAAGACACCUGCCCGAGGACUCCAGCGUUUACCGUAGUCCCGCCCAGCUUCUCCAGAGCGCCUGGCUCCAGCUGUUUGCUGCAGCCCUUCCCCUGUGCCCCUUGCUUCUGUCUGUGAAAUGGGGAGACAAAGCACUUCUGGACACUCAGGAGGAGGAUAACCUAAGUGUGUGAAGUAUUCAAUUGUAGGAACAGAGAACUUGCAAAACAGAAAGUGACUUGGGAUUCUUACCCACGCUGUAGUCCCACGAGCCGCGAUUUGUUUGUCUGUAACCCUAGAAUCGAGACCCUGUGGACAUUUUGAAAGGAUGUGUGGUACAUCGAGUCAGCAAGAAUCUCAUCCUUGUGCAAUAUGGACAUCUUUACAAACCGUACCAAGGGACAGGUCGUCGUACCCUUAGAGUACAUGUCAGUCAGAAGAGAACACGCACAGAACACAAUCGGUUCUACCAGGGAUGGACAAUGAAGUCAGGGAACUAAUUUAAAUGAUGACAGUCACGACUGUCCUGCUACAUGUGCGGUCAUCAUCGUCUGUUUUUCUGUGAUAAUUUAAAAUAUGGAGGUAGGGCUACUUAAGGAAAGUUGGGAGACCCACCCCCUGUGGUUUCUCAUCACGCUUGCUGCCUGAAUUUAGAGGGAAUUUAUUUUUAAAGAAAAAUAAAUGACAAUCAAACCAAAACAUCAGUUAUCAAUGUCUAUUUAAUUGUACAACUAGCUGACUGUUGCGGCAGCAGACGAUGGUAUGGUAUGAUACAGUUCACUAUGUACAGUGCGUGCGCAAAAUGAAAUCCCAGCCAUUUAAA